AACUUUCUUCUCUCACAAUCGUCUUUGCUGCACCCAUCGCGGAGGAUAACCUGCAAAACUUCAUACCUGUUCCAGCCUCAGACUCGCUGGAAGAAAAAAAUCACCUCAAAUACCUCGUCCGGCGCUUCCUCGCCGUACAAUCGACUCGUCAGUUUCCGCCGCAAGCCCGCCAACCCCCCUUCCGAAAGCUCGCUUAAUCCACGUUUAGCUUCCUUUCUGCCUGCUUCCCACUAACACUCCUGCCAGUCAUUAUUGUAUACUGGGCGUGUACCUAUCAGUGUACUUUCAGUUGGUCAUCGUCCUUGAAUACGUUUGCAUUGUGUCAAAUACCCCGCACUAUCCUACCAUAACCUACUACAUUUCGUAAAUACAGCAUAAUGGACGUCUACUCGUCGUCCUUCAACAUCUAUCCUUUCUCCGAACCACCCUCAGGACAAGGGCAUGCCAUAAACUCUUUCGGUCCCUUGGGCGCUCCAUCGCUGAAUGCGCCGUUCCCGAACAGCAGUUUUGCACCUGGAUCACGCCCUGUCCUGUCAUACCCCCAAGAAUACGACACUGGCCUUCAUCCUCCUUAUGCCUCGUCGUACCCAAGCCAAGCUUCUUUGGAUGGCUCUAAUCAAUCUUUGCCGUUCCCUGCGGCUGGGAGACCUAGUCAGUCAUUGCCUAUUUUAACUUCGCAUACGCCUGCACCCCCUUCGGCCUCUGUACACCGUCACCAACCAACCAACUCUGGAAUUGAAGCAGUCCAUACCCAUCUUCUGACGCUCACCCACCGCGUUAUGUCUUCUCAUCCUGGAACAAUGGUGACUUUUUCGCGAAUCGAGGACCAUAUUGCGCAGCGCACUACGGGAGGAUUUAACAUUCUCAUUUCAGGUCCUCCGGCCUCCGUGAUCGCAGCCAGGGGAAUCAUACUUCGCGAAAGCCCCGUGCGCAACCGAUGCAUCAUUCGUGUUCCAAGGGCAGACAUACUCUCAGUAAACCAUUCAAUGCUGAUUCACCACCAUGGAAACGGAGGCUCUACCACGUCUUCCAGUGUUUCGUCUUCGCCUGACUCCUUUACUGCGUCUCACAAUGGUGUUUCAGCCAUGGGAAGUGGAUCCUCCGGUACACAGCUUAAAUCACAAAUCGUUCCUCGUUUGGAUGAGAUCGCUGCGCUGACAAGGGCUAAUAUCUCGGUGGUGAAGACCGCCAGUUCUGGCUUGGGCGCCAAUUUCGGCGUCGGGUAUGGUGGUUCCUAUGGUGAUUACACUGGAUAUGCCAAUGUCCCUGAUGGGAAUCUAUGGAACGCGGGCUUGGAGAGCGAGAAAAUGUGUGAUUUGAUUGUAACUGGAGUGGGAGAUUCGGUUGAUAUUGCCAGAGUGCGACUGUUGGUGAUGCUGGAUGAAUUGUCUGGACUUCACGCUGCUUCCAUCGACAUUGAUUACAAACUCCAUGGAAUCAUCUCGGGGCGCAAGCGUCGUGCAAUUCAACAAAUUAUGGAGGAGACCGGCACAAAUAUCUACUUCCCCCCAAUACGUCUUCAAAGUUUUUCUCAAAAUCGCGGUCAGCGGGCUAUGACGCCUGGCUCAAUGGGCGCAGCGAAUUCUGUCAAUGAGCCGGUUCACCCGACGAUGGGUCGAACCAAUGGUGGAUCACCUGAUGGGAGGAAUGGAUCACCUCCUGGGAGCGGGGGUGACCAAAGUGUGGAUUACAAUCCAAACCUUAUUUGGAUUACUGGAGAGUUCUUCAAUGUAGGACGUGCAAGAGAUGCGUUAUACCAGCUUGCGUCGCAAAAAGUCCGAAGCAAAACCAUCAUAUCUCGUGAUUGCGCUAUCCUUCCCAGAAAACUCGAUUGGAUGUUAAUGAACCGAGUGGACGAAUUGAAAACGAUCAUGCGUGACCAAGCAACAUACAUAUCCUUCCCAGCUCUAGGCUCGUCUGCCUCGCUGAUUACGGUUUUUGGCGACUCUCGCUUGACCAUUGAACGCACGAUUGAAGCUGUCAUGGCCCUAGCUGCUCAGUUCUACACUGCGAGCUUUUGGUUGCUUCCCAUUCAUUUCAACGUGCUCAUUCCCCAGAACACGCUCAACCCUGCUAGUGUUUCACUUGUACUUAACAAGUUGAGUAUGGCCAGUGGGUCGGAAGUGGUAUUUAAGUCCAAUGCCUUCGAAAUGCACGGACUCGAACAUGAGGUCAUUUGGGCUGUCGCUAAGGUGCUUGAACUGGAUAUUGUUCGAAAUUUCCAUCAUGAAAUUCGCUUCCAGCUUGAACUCUCCAACGAACAUCGCGAAUUCAUCAGUGGGAAGAAGAACGGCAAAAUUAACAAGAUCAUGUCUUCCGCGAACGUGAAGAUCAAAUUUGAAUCCGUUAACGAGCACAACUUCCUUAUAGAAGUUGCUGGUACCGACGCGGGCACCAUUUACGGCCUUAGGCUCCUGCAGGAAGAGUUACCUGCAGAGAUGUCGUUCCAUGUCCCAGAGGCAUACCAUAAACGCAUCAUUGGUGUUGGAGGCAAGACUAUCCAGCGUAUCAUGAAGAAAUAUGGUGUCUACGUUAAGUUCAAUAGCGCUGAUGAAUUGGUUGCGGCAAGCUUGGACGACGAGGAAAACGUGCUUGCAAGGACUCCCGCGAAGAAUGCACUCAACCUGGAUCAACUGAAAGCAAGCGUGAUGGAGAUGAUCGUUCCGAAGGAUAGGGACUUCAUCACCGAAAUUAUCACUAUCCCUCGACGCCAUCACCGCAUGCUUUAUGGGGAGAAGAGCAUUUUUGUCAGGGAUAUAGAAGCGAAGACUAACUCGAGGAUCACUUUCCCCGGAGAUGGCCUCGAUGUCGUCCAUAUCUUCGGGCCAGAGAGCCAGAUGCAUAUUGCCGUGGCGAUGCUUUUGGAUCAUGUUCCCUUCGAGGCCGACAUGCCCGUACCCGGUCAUCCGGACUUGUUGCGUGUUGCCACUUCACAGGACUUCAUUGUCUUCAGUGAAAAUAUCAAGCGUGAAUAUCAAGUCGCCGUCAUUCCAAUGGUCAACGAUCAAGGGCUCUCACCCUCGUCCUUCAAGUUCAAGUGUCAGCGCAGCAACAGCGACUGUCUCGCCACUGUUCGCGAAGCCCUAGAAAUGUUCCUGAUCAAUCACCGCGUACAUGUUUACCCUUCACCUAACUCGCACAAACGUGUUGAUUCAUUCACGGACGCUUUCCCGCAUUUCAACAGUAAGCUGCUCUCGACACCUAUGGAUCCAGAAGUCUCACGAACGCCUGAUGGUUUAGCGGAUCGUCGUAUUCGCGCGGCGGCUUCCACCCCUGAUGUGAAGACUCUGUUCCUUUCUCAGUCCUCCGCUCCGGUAUAUGGAGUACUGGAGCAAGAAGAACUCGAAGAGGAUAACUACAGGUCCAGCUACACCACCUCCUCAUCAGGACCCAACGAUUACUGGAGCACUACGCCCACGGCCAUGGGAAUCGGUCUCCCGCGUGGUAUACACCGUGUUGUCGACGACCCGAAACGAGGAUCAGACUCUAUGCUUGAUGCGAAAUUGAAGCAACCUCGUACCUUGACCAAUCGGGCUCAGAGCCUUGACCUCACCUCACUAUCGACUUCGCGCAAACGACCAGGAUCAAUCAUUCCUUCAGCGGCGGCGAUUUCUGAGACGCCAGAUCGACCCGACACUCCCUCCGACUCUGGCACGAAUCCGAGUCCGCCAGCGUCCGCCAUGAUACCCUCAUUCCCGACUGUUUAUGCACCAGCCCCUGGCUUGGGUGGUAUGCCCAGGCAUCCUCUUGGAGUAGGAGGUCCUCCACAUACAGCAGAGGACAUCGAAAGCAUGUUCGCGAACCUGAACUUUGAUCAUCAGGCCCAGUAGUCACUUGUAACUUAUCCGCCAACGCAACAUGGCGCAAACACUCAUCUGCCCAAGUCAUGAUAAACACGAUCAAUUCACAUACCUCGCGCAUAUCAGAUUCCUCCCAGUCUUCCGAAAAAAAGUUGUGUACUUUAGAAGAAAUUAUUUGUUUCCGGAAGCGUCCCUCGGCUUCCACCGUCUUUCUGUCUUCCCCCUCAUCGAGCCUACGCAGAAUGCACCCGUCUGUCGAAGUUGAGCUUCGACAGCUUUGUUUUCUUGUGGUAACUUUACCACCCCAUGGACUGCUCUUCUGAGUCGUUCUCGUCUUGCUGCAUCUUCAAAUCUUGUGCUUCCGGCUUGUCACUGUUCACCACCCAUGUGUUUGAUUACCCUGGACUAUGGAUAAUGAUCGAUACCAAAUCAGUGUCUUACCAAAUCGAAUAUCUUGCUUGUG